GCGGUAGGCAUGUACAAAGCCAACGAAGCUUCUGUUACGUCUCCUUAUUUCUCCCACCAAACCCACGCAUUCACUGCCACCGCGAGAGGGAGAGCGGGAGAGAGAGAGAGAGAGAGAGAGAGAGAGAGAGAGAGAGAAAUUGAGUUAGAGUUUGCAAGAAACUCUAUCAAUUUCUCUCCUUUCUGAAAACCUCUCGAGCAAAAGGCGAUCUGGAAAUGUCGUCGGGGCAAGCCCCUGAUAUCUCCCCACGGGAAAAUGACGACAUUAAUGGGCUCUUCUUCACCGACAGAGGUUGCUGCUUAUGGAUGCCGUGUAUGGGUUCCAGGAGAUCCUCCACCGUCGGAUCAGUCUGGUGGGAGCCAAUGAGAACGGCGGAGAACGAGGACAGGUGGUGGACCCGGGGGUGGAAGAAGUUCCGAGAGUGGUCAGAGCUCGUGGCCGGUCCCAAAUGGAAGACCUUUAUCCGCCGCUUCAACAAGAACCGGACCGGACAGGGGAAAUUCCACUAUGACCCUCUGAGUUACGCACUGAAUUUCGACGAGGGGCCGGGCCAUAAUGGUCACCUGGAUGAGGAUUAUUUUGGCCGUGAUUUCUCCUGCCGGUACGCUUCUAUUCCGGCUUCGGCGAAGUCGUCCAUGGAUUUGGGGAAAGACGCGCCGUUGUUCACGUGAGGCGCAUGGAGAUGACAGGCAAGUUUUUCGUAUCUUUUUUUCUAUUGAGGUGCGCCAGUGGCAGACUGCAGCGCCGAUUUAGGGGGGGGGGGGGGGGGGGGGGGGGGGAAUGAAUUGUUGAGAGGACAAGAAAAUCGCGAUGGUUGCGUGGACUUUUUCUCUCUCGACAUGGGAAACAGGUGGUCGGUGACAUUUUUUUUUAUUACGAUAGAUUCGAUAACAUGUUCGUCCCUUUCGUAAGAAAUGGCAAAAGAAAAGGGGGUUGUGAUUAUAUACGGUGAUGUGGAGGAUUGUUAACGUGGGGUGCAAAAAGGAAUUUACGUUAUUGGAUUUUGAACAAUGAACUAUUCUCAGAGAUUUUUUUAUUUCGAAUGUUAUGUGUUUGCUUUU